AGGGGUUUUUCAUGCCGUCUCUGCUGGUUUCUGUAAAGGAGCAGGAGCAGCAGCAAGCAGCCGGGGCUUUAGGACAGAGCGCGGCCAUGGAGAGGCGGAAAGAGAUCUAAGACUAGAACUCUGAAUCACCCAAUGAAACCGACUGAUGGCAGCCAUCCAAGCCCUCCAGCAAUGGUGCCGCCAGCAGUGUGAAGGGUACAAGGAUGUCCACAUCACGAACAUGACCACCUCGUUCCGGGACGGCUUGGCCUUCUGCGCCAUCCUCCAUCGCCACAGGCCGGAACUCAUAAACUUUAAUUCACUCAGCAAAGGAAAUGUCUUUGAGAACAACCAAUUGGCUUUCAGAGUGGCUGAAGAGGAACUCGGGAUCCCAGCUUUGCUGGACGCUGAAGAUAUGGUCGCCUUAAAAGUGCCCGACAGGCUGAGCAUCCUCACCUAUGUUUCCCAGUAUUAUAACUAUUUUCAUGGACGGUCACCAAUUGGAGGCAUGUCUGGAAUCAAACGGCCCCCUUCCAAAGCCAGUGAAGAACCGUCGGGGAAGAAAGUGGUUUCCGAACCCGUCACGCCAUCUCCCGCCAAGACGCCACGUCCCCAUUUGCCGGUUGAAGCCAAGACAGGCUCAGCCCUGCCUGGACACAACCUGGUGAAAGAGCACCCUCCAGAGGCGGCGAGACGGGUCUUAGCCGAGAGCAGCAACGUGCGAAGCAGCAGCUGUGCCAUUUGCGGGGGCCACGUCCAUCUCGUGCAGCGCCUCCUGAUGGACGGGAAGCUCUAUCACCGGAACUGCUUCAGAUGCAAGCAGUGCUCCAGUACCCUCCAUUCUGGAAACUACAAACCUGGGAGCAAGCCGGGCACUUUCAUCUGCAACAGACACGAACCGCCGAGUCGCCUCCCGAAUUCCUCGCCCGUCAGCGCAAGGGCUGUCACCGGACAGAAUCUACCUACCAGUACCACGUCCACUUGGGGGAGCCCCGUGAAGAGACCGGAACUCAAGACACCGCUGCAGGAGUCUGUGAACCCAGACCAGGUGCUCAAAAGCGGUGGCGCCAUCCAGGUGGCGACUCGGGGCCCUUCCCGCCCUGGCAAUCAUAAAUCCAGCUCCGAUACGGGAACCCCGAGUUCACGGUGGUUGGACUCCAGUGGGAACAAGCCCGAUCCCCGUGCGGGUGCUGCCUUACCUUCCCCUUCCAAUUGGACACCCUCGUCGGCCAAAACGCAGCAGGCCCGGGAAAAGUUUUUCCAGUCCAACGCAGAGACUUCGGGCCUCCCCACGGACAAGGCAGACCCAGUUAAAAACCAAGCAUCUCCUUUCAGUGCUCCUCACGCGACGGGGAAGGGAUCCACCUCUGUCACAAAUGCAUCGGGGAUCAUUUCUGGCGUCAGUGAGAAGGACAGAGCACGGACCUUUCUCAUGCAUGCCUUACCUGGGCCUCAGUCUUCUACCAGCCAGCAGGGAAAUUUCAGUGGUGCCUCUCCCAGGUCACUGGUGGCUAACAUGGGGACAUCAUCUCCUCCCAGCUCUAGCCAGCAGCAUCUCCCGACAAAGAAAAUCACAAGCCCUGCCAGUGUGCUGAGUGCCAUGGAAAAACCAGAGAAAGGACCACUGAAAACAGUGCCUACAGCCCACCACUCUCCUCAGGAAGCGGGCAAGAAAGUGGGUUUUGGAACAACCACCCCAAACAUAGUCAAAGAUCACGCCGUCAUCAGCAGACCCCCCGAAUCUGAACGCAAACGGGAUGUUAAGGUCUCUAAAGUGGGAGGCGGCAGUGCUGAAGAAGAGAAAGCUGAGAGCCCUGCGGACUGGAGGUCAAGACUGAAACCCGUGGCCAAUAAAGUCUCCAAGCAGGGUGACAUCAAAACCUCUCAAAAACCUGCAGAGGUGGUUGUGAACAUAAUUCCAAGCACAGAAGAGAAGGGGAGAAAGCCAGUUUCCCCUGUUACCUCCCCAGCCACUCAGGACACUGCUCUGUCAGCUGAUCAGUCACAAAAGAAAAAACGGCUAAUGCCGAACUUGGAUCUUCUUGGUGACUGGCAGAAGCCCAGACAGCAGUGGGAAGAUGUCCCAGCAGCCCCAGAAGUGGCAGAUCCGGGCCAGCCCAAGAGAGCCGUUGCUCCUGUCAAACCAUCCCCUCCGAGAACCUUCCAGAAUCUUCCAAAUAGCCAGUUGGUGUCUCCAUCUAAGCUCCGCCCCGAUUAUGUCCCCGAGGAGGAAAUCCAGAAGGAAGUCCAGCAGAUCGAGAGAGAUUUGGAUGAGCUGGAACACAAAGGGGUGGAGAUGGAGAAACAGCUGCGAGGCUGUGAGGGAGACGAGACUGAGGACACACUGAUGGUGGAAUGGUUCAAGCUGAUUCACGAGAAGCAGUUGCUGCUGAGAAGGGAGUCAGAGCUGAUGCACAAGGCGAAUCAGCAGAAGCUGGAGGAGAAGCAAUGGGACAUUGAGAGUGAACUCCGGCACCUCAUGGACAAAUCUGACUUCCUGAAGAGUUCAGCGGAGAAGGCGCGCGAGAAAGAGCUCCUGGACUUGUACGUCGCCACGGUGAACGAUCGGAAUCAGAUUGUGGAGAAUCUGGAUGAGGACAGACUCAGGGAGCAAGAAGAGGAUGAAGUGCUGGCUGCUAUGAUCCAGAGGUGCAACGUACCUCGUGCUUUUGUGUGGUGGGAGCAGUAAAUGGCCCCUGUAGGUGUCCUGGUGUCAGGGCCCACCUGGAUUCUGGCCAUGAGGAGACCCACUGAGAGGAGGAGGAGGAAAGAGAAGAAGAAGCAGCCGCUGUGACAAAGAUCCAUUGAUUGAUUGAUUGGUUUUCCGAGGCUUUGGAAUGUGCUCCCUGCUGACAUAAGAGCCUCCCCAGCUCUUACAACUUUUAAAAAGGUAGUCAAGACGCAUUUGUUCACCCGGGCUUUUAAUUAGAUCCUGUUUUAAUAGUGUUGAUGUUUUACAUUUUAAAUGGUUGUGAUGUUUUAACCUUUUUAUUUGGUUUUUAUGGUUUUGUUGUAAACCGCCCAGAAACCUGCGUUUUGGGCGGGAUAGAUAGAUAGAUCCAGUGGACUCUGAGUGGCCAAACCUUCUCACCCCCGUUGGAGGAGCCCUGGACCUCUGGGGAUCCAGUGCCCCCACCAGGACUCCUGUUCCCACCCCGGGUCCCCAGGAACGAGGGCCAAGCUCCAGCACCAGAGGAAAAGUGCUUGCCUCCCUCUCACAUCUUAGAACGCUCACAUGUCUCCCAUCCAAAUGCAAACCAGGGCAGACCCUGCUUAGCAAAGGGGACACUCCAUGCUUGCUACCACAAGACCCGCUCUCCAUUCAAAGGCUCACCUUGCGGCUGCAGCAGGUCCUCCUACUCUUGGCUUCCGUUUCUGCCUUGUGGCCUCUCCUUCCACGGGCUGGAUUUGGGGCACAGGCAGCCUGGAUCCAGGAGGUCUUACUCAAUUUGGAGGGUGCUUCUUAAGUGGGAGGAUGGCUCCUCUUCUCCAAAGAGCCCAGCACUACAUACUUAGGUUCCUCCUCACAACAACCCUGUGAAGUAGGUUAGGCUGAGGGAGAAGUGACUGGCCCAGAGGCACCCAGCAAGUCUCAUGGCUAAAUGGGGAUUUGAACCCGGGUCUCCCUGGUCCUGGUUGUUCCUCUUCAGGCUUGCCUUGCUUUGGAAGGUAGGCUCAGCUUGAGCAUCCCUGUUGUCUUUCUUUCACUAUGGUUGGACUACAACUCCCAAGGGCAUCCCCAGUUGUAGAACUACAACUCCCAAGGGCCUUUGUGGCUGGGGAUGAUGUGGACCGCCGUCCAAAAUCUGGAGGCCCAAGGUUGGCUCCUUUACUCCUCCCCACACAUGCCCUUUUUGGAGGUUAAAUCCAGUGCCUGCUAGAUUGGGGCAGACUCAUGUUUAAAGCAGAGGCGUAUCUAGGGAAAAUAGCGCCUAGGGCAAGCACUGAAAUUGCACCCCCUGUCCAAACAUCUGACACCCAUCUUUCAGAUAACUUUACCAUAAUAUCAGCUCAAAAAUACAAGUCAAGCUUGUUAAUCUUUUAAUAUUUCAAAAACUAUUUAGCAGUGGAUAUAGCCAGACCAAAAAAUGCUGGAAAACUACAAAUUUCAGUAUGCUGGGGCUCAUGAAAUACCUAAAUACUAUGUGGAGGUGUACUUGGAAAACUAAUGUCUAAUUCUCUACUAUGCAUUGUAGCAUCACUAUUACAUAAGUUUUAAAAAUAAAUGGAGAAUUUGACUUUUCCCAGAUACUCUGAAAAUAAUUAAACGAUAUGCAGAGUAAACUGUGUCACUGCUUGGAAUAUAUUCUAGUAUUUCAGAAAGACAGUUAAAAUGAGAGAAAGAGAGGAAGAAACUCCCAGUGGGCCUUAAUACUAAGGAUUUCACACUGAUUCAAAGACAAACUCUCCAUUA